AUGGAGAACGACGUGGUUUUGGAUAUCAGCGACCAACAGAAACCUCAGACAUUGAUGGACAAAUUUCGAGAUCAUUACAACGAUCAAGCAGUUGACAAUCGAGUCAAAUUGUCUGCUCCAAGGUGGGUGAGGGGUUUGUUGAUAUUUCAGACCCCUACACAGCUGUUUAUGUUUCAUUAUUACAUAAUUCCCUAUCUGUUUGAAGACUACGACGACUGGACACAGUAUUACCUCAAAGUUCUCGUCACGUUUACCGCGAUACAGUGUGUAGUCAACUACAUAUGUACAAUUCUUUAUGAUACAAGCAUGUCUAACACUAAAGAUCGACCCGAUAUACAAGGACUGAGCGACCGAUGGGAGAACCCGCCCGACCAUUUUGUGUCGCUUCUCAAUCAUAACGGAUGUGCUAUUCCAAUACCUGAAUCGGAGGAGGUGGACGAUUCCGGAUUUUUAUGGAAAUAUUGUGAAAUCUGUAAAAUCUACCAGCCGCCUCGUACUCAUCACUGCAAUUUGUGCAAAGUGUGUAUUCUUAAGCGUGAUCACCAUUGCUACAUGGUUGGGAAAUGUAUCGGAUUUAAAAACCAGAGAUAUUUUGUUGUGUUAACAUUUUAUGUUGCAGCCGUUGGCUUAGUAAGUGGUUGUUUUCAAUUUAAAUACCUACAAGUGUUUUAUUAUCCGUACAGCUACGCCUGGACAGAUUUCAUUCCUCCGAUUGCGUUGUACCGCUGGCUGUUCGGAACGGUUGACGCCAUGUCCUUACACGUGUGUGUUAUGAUUCUACACGUGUAUCUGGAGUUCAUGUUUGGUGUGAUAGGAUUCUUUUAUUUCAAUUCACAAAUCGCCAUAAUUGCGAAAGGAAAAACGCUAUAUGAAUUGACGAAAUCUGUACCUGUCCGGAACUUCAAUAGUAUUAAUCGUAAUUUCCGUUCUGUUUUUGGCGAUUUCUGGGUUUUAAACUUCCUUUUUCCAAUGCAGGUAAUAUUUCGACAGAGAGACGACGGUAAGACUUGGGAAGGAAUCAAAGUUGAUCAUAAUGCUAAUCUGCAAGGAAAAACCAACUGA